UCGACGAUUUGGCGCUGCAAGUUUGAAACUCCGACAAAGAGCCGGAACUAUUCAUCGUCAAUGCCACCAUUUUCACGAAACUGUGGAUUUGUUCGAAGCGUUAAUCCGAAGUUCUAACGUGGGUUAAGAUUUUCUUGAUUGCGGCGGAGCUUGGUUUUCCAGGAGAAAGGUUGGGAAGAGGUACCUGAUAGUGGUGGAGUAGCCAGAAAGGUGUAAUGUUUGAUUCGGAUUUAGGGUGAAUGGCUUAAUUAGCUGGAGUUGUGGCGAGAAAAAGGACCGGACAUGGAGAAAGGAUUUGGUGGAAUGGACGGUGCUUUUCAUGUCGCAGUGAAGACGAUAGACGCCCAUUUUGCCAAGGCGGAUGCUAUUUUGCAGAUUGUGCACAGCAAAUUGGAGCACGAAUUUGAAGUAACCUACCCAGGCAAUGCAAAUCCCUUGAAGUUGCUUGCCCGCAAGAAAAGAUUGCAGGAUGAGCUUCCGCUGCUCAGAGAAGAGUGUGACAAGCUUUUAGCUGCCAAGCAGGAUCUUAUAGAUGCUGCAAGAACUACGCUGGUGAAGAACAGGACGUUACUAUGUCAAUUACAAGCUCGGGCUGGUCUCCCCGUAAGUUGUGACGCAGACGAUCCAAUCUACUCGUCAUUUGUGAAGACACUCGAGGAGUGGGAUCAUCAGUUGGAAAUAGUUUCAGUCACAGAGAGCCAUGAAUUUACACGUCCUGAUCUCAAUCUGGAGCUCUUUCGAUCCAAAGUGUUCAAGAGGGAUGAAUAACCUCAUUCGAAACUAUGGUUCAACAUUUGAAGUUUUCGUGAAAGCUAACAAGGCAAAUAGACAGUUGCAAAUGGGUAUGACGAUGCUUUUAUAGGUCCUUUCUAUUCGUAUUUUUUGAGCUUCGAUCAACGAAAGUUCAAUUAAUAAUGGCAGAAUUUAGCUAGCCUCAAUAUGGUUCGAGGAUUCAAUAUCUGCUUUACAGCAAUUCAACUCCUUGUUGCAAUUGGCAUUCGACCUGUGAUUAAUUGAAAUUUAAGAGAUACAAUCGUUUGUAUAAGUGAGUUCCGAUGACAGCAAGUUUGCAAGCUAAAAAGAACCAUGCAAUGGGGUCGGUGCUCUAGGUAUUCCAGUGAUCUCUGGAGUCAUAUCGUUGAAUGCCAUUUCCUACUAGCUUAGUUUAAGUACAUGAAUGUUUUAGUUCUGCAGUAUUUGUUGGGGAUUUUCAUCUCAUUAACAAAGCAAUCGAUUGGGAUCAGUUACUCAAAACACGACGGCCAAGGAUACGCACUCUCAAUUCAAUGCCACUGAAAUGUUUUACAGUUGGAACUGGUAAGAAAUUUUAGCCCGACAUAAAAUCAACAACCCUGGGAUAUCGAGGUACUGUAGUUCACCUGAAAACUUUAAGGAUAUGGUCUAGUAAGCAUUAUCCACUUGUCUUGGCCACGUUGACAGCUCCCAAGAAUGAUCUGAGGACACCGCCUUGUAAGGCCUUACCUGAGAUCUAAAGAAUCACAAAUGAAAUUUUUGAAAAGGCUCAUAUCCACAGGAGAAGUUUCAGAUUGCGUGUCCUCUUCAUUGUUGCACAAACUCUGAAAAUCUACGUGGGUACGGUGUUUAGAGUGCAUUUAGUCGCAGUCUCGUAAUUUGAAAGUUGCUUGGCUGCGUGUUGAGGGUAGUGGAAAGAGGAUAUCGCUUCUUUGAUUUUGCGGGAGGAAGAACAAUCGCGAUGGCAGAGGAGGCCGAUCACUUAUUUGUAUACGGGAAACUGAGACCUGACGCGCCCGACAACACGGAGCCGCUUGGUAAUACUUGUGGAGCUAAGAAGGCGUGGCUUAUGGGCGGCAGACUCUACUGCUUCAACAAGGGAGGUCAGGACCAAGCUGCAGUGAGGCUGGACGAGGCAGGGCAUGCAGUGGCCGGGUAUGUUGUGAAGGCCGCCUGCUCUGGAACCAUUUCUGCAUUACUUCAAGAGUCGGAAUCUAAGGAAUACUCGCCCAAGCUCUAUGAGAGAGACAUAGUAGAGGUAAGGACUGAGAAGGGAGAGCAAGUGUUUACGUAUGUUUACCAUAGACCUGAUGUGGAUAUUUCCAAGCCUGUUCCCAAAGGAGACUGGCUGCAGAGGUCUCAAAGAUGACAGCUUCUUGGAGGGAUGUACCUAGAAUUUCUCAAACGGAUAGUACACGGUGAUUAAACUUAAUAUACUACCGAUUUUAGGUGUACGAAGUUGCUGUUUGUCACCUUGUAUUGGACUGAAGGUGGGGUUUUAGAUGUGGCCUUUUAGUUCCUAUUGUAUGCUAAACCGGGAGGUUUACAACCAAUGAGUACUAAGAACAAUGGUUAGUACCUUCGGGUCCUUCUGAUUUCAUUGAACUAUUGGACGACUUAAUGUUA